AUGGCAUUUGCGUGGAGUUUUAAGUUUGCAGCUUCACCAGCUGUCCAACUACCUUUCAAGCGAGGACCAUCACAUCCCAUUAGAUCUGCAUUCAUACGAUCCCAACGGUAUUUCUCGAUCUCAAGGGGCCAAGCCAUGUUAUCCACGGAAUUGAGCGAAAGUCAGGUCGCAGCUUUACGCGCAAACAAGGACCGUCUUGCAAAAGACCUUCAUCACAGCUGUCAAUGGGGCUACGGUAUCCGAUGGGGAGAUGGACCGACAGAUACUGGUAUGCAGCGGCUCGCCCUGUCCGAGGAGGACAAGAGUGUGAGGGACUGGUUUAUCGACACUGCUAAAGCACUGAAGUGCAAUAUUACUAUCGAUGAAAUGGGCAAUAUCUUCGCCGUACGCCCGGGUCGUCGAAAGGAUGUGCCUGCCACAUUCAUCGGCAGCCAUCUGGACACUCAGCCGACUGGCGGUCGAUAUGACGGGAUCCUCGGAGUCCUUGCAGGCAUUGAGGCUUUGAAGGUCAUUGACGAGAUGGGAAUCGAGACUGAGGGAGGUAUAGGAGUUGUCAACUGGACAAACGAGGAGGGGGCUCGAUUCCCGGUUAGCAUGAUUUCUUCCGGCGUGUGGGCGGAGUGCAUACCUCUUUCGAGGGCCCAUGACCUUAAGGAAGUUCCUACGGUGGCUUCACUACCUACCGCAGCCUCCUCUCCAGAGACAAUGAAAUCCGCCCUGAAAAAGAUCAACUACCUUGGGAGUGUCCCAUGCUCAUACAAAGAAACGCCGAUGGCAGCGCACUUUGAACUUCACAUCGAACAGGGGCCACAUCUCGAGUCUGCCAACCAGCGCGUCGGUGUAGUCACCGCCGUCCAGGCAUACCGCUGGUACCGCUUGAACGUCAUCGGUAGAGACACUCAUACUGGUACUACAGCCUUCCAGCACCGAGCCGAUGCCCUGUACGCUUUUGCCCGCAUGAUGGUUCGCGCUAGGGAAGUUGCAUCUUCUCACGGCUGUUUGGCAAGUGUUGGUAUUAUCGAGGCGAAGCCUGGGAGUGUCAACACCGUGCCAGGACUUGUAAGCUUCUCCCUCGAUAUUCGCGGGCCAGAGACCGAAUUAGUCGCCGUCGUGGAAGCAGAAUUGAGGAAGGAUUUCGACGCAAUUGCUGCCGAGGAAGGUAAGGGUAUUGGGAAGCCAUGUCGAGUGGAGUGGACCAUGGAUUUCGACUCCCCAGCGGUCAAAUUUCACCCAGACUGCAUUGAAUGUGUUCAAGAAUCAGCAGAAGCCGUCGUUGCCGAUGCUGGUGUCUCUGAUCCCAAGUCACUUGUGCGGACUAUUAUGAGCGGUGCAGGGCAUGACAGUGUUUUCACCUCCAAACGAGUUCCCACAAGUAUGAUAUUUGUGCCGUGCAAGGACGGUUUGAGCCAUCAUCCCGAAGAGUUUUGCUCUGUGGACGACUGUGCCACAGGCGCAUCAGUCAUUCUGCAGGCAGUACUCCGAUAUGACAGGAGGAGAUUCUCUGCGUAG